AUGGCAGCGUUCUUUCUCAUUGCGGCAGUUCCUUUCUUGGUGGCAGCAGAUUCAAGGCCAGAAACUCUCUCCAGCUUUUUACGUGGCCAUCAGCAGACUGAAUGCACUGGAGAUGGCAGCAUGCCUUCGGUGUCAGGCACUCCCCUUUGCUGGGGAGGCGACCUUUUGGUUCAGACUUUCAACAUCAAGGUCAACAGCUACGAUGGCACCAGUGGAACCGUCGACAUGGAGAUGCGUGGCCCAACAAGCGGCCAAUGCACUGAGACCCCUUUUGAGAACAACAACAAUGAAAUCUCCCUUGGCGAGCAGCAUGAGUGUAGCUUGGGAGACUCCGAAUACACUGUGAAAUACUGCCCAGAUCAAGACAAAUUUGUCAUCAACAUUGUGAAGCCUUGGACGGUCGAAGUCACACUCAAAAGGCAGGAAUGUGGAGCUGCUGAUGAGAGGAAGAAGGAAAUCCUGCCGUGA